AUGAAUCCUGGCCUUAUCUUCCCCACUAUAUUCCCCACUAUCUUCCCCCUCGCAGUUUGCUUCAUCAAAGAGCAAUGCUGGAAUCAGCGGCACGGUCAGAGAACUCAUGCAAGCGGUGUCACCGACGAAAGAAACGGUGCGACAAGACACUGCCGCAAUGCCACGCGUGUCAACAUGCCAAAGUCACAUGUAGCUUUGUCGAUGAUGAAGCUCAAGUGGCAUCAUAUCCGAUCGCGUAUGACUCCACCCAGAGUUUCCAGACACCCCGAAGCUAAUUCAAAUAGUUAUGUACGACAGCUAGAGCGACGAGUUAAGGACCUUGAACAGAGACUUGCAUCGGCUCUGACGCCCCAGACAUCUCAGAAUGAACCACCCUCUUAUACAUGGGAUCGAGACACGGAUGCCCACCUUACCGAUCUAGGAAAUGCUUUCUUGCACUCAGACAGCGUCACACACCACUCCCCUCCGCUAACGUCCGACACGAACCCAGUCCCCACUAUCAAUCAUUUGCCUGUUUCGCCCAAAAAUGGCCGUCUUUCUGCUCCACGUGCGGAAAGCCUUGCUGAAGAGCUCAGGCUUCUCUCUUUAGAAGCGGCGGCCGAGCGAUAUUUAGGCUCAUCCUCGGGCCUUUCCUUAGCCAAACUCACCCAGGCGGUCCUACGGCGUCUAUCACCGGACCAGGAUGGAUUUGUGUUUGAUGAGGAAGCUGAUGACAAUCAACAACAGAACUACGAAUCAGAGCCCGAUACAUCUUCCAAUUUGAAUCCAGUCUUUUUCGAAAUGCAUCCUUCCUUAGCCAGUCCCUUACCCUUGAAUUCGUCACUGGGAAACACCGCCGUUGACGACUUUGAGGACUCGAUGGGCCUCGCGCUAUUGGAACCUUCUCAUAUCAGCUAUAUUCUAGAGUUCUACUUUGCUCAUUCUCAUACUCUUUAUCCGAUGAUUAGGAAGGGCGAGUUUGAGGCUGUGCUAUGGGGGAUUUAUGCUGAUCCCCUAGACCCACUGGCGCAGUCUCCUCUGUGGCAAUUCCGAAUCUGGAUGGUUUUGGCAAUUGGUUCUACAACAUACUGUUCAGUUUCUUUGAUGGACGAGACCGAGUCAGUGCAAUUCUUCAACAAGGCCAUGACCUACUUUGAACCAGCGAUGGGAUGUGGGGAUUUGGCCGGCCUCGAAGUUCUGAUGCUGCAGGUGUCAUACUCAUUUUUUAAUAAGAUUGGCCCCAAUACUUGGUUUUUAGUCGGUGUUGCGGCUCGAAUGGCUACCGGAAUGGGUCUCCACACAGCAGAAGUAUAUGAAUCUCUGGCUGUAGAUGCAGCCGAGCAACAAAAGAGGUUGUUUUUCUGCCUUUAUAUGAUGGACCGCGUCGUGUCUCUGGCUCUUGGUCGCCCUUUCGCAAUUCAAGACGAUGAUAUCACUGUUGAGCCAUUUUCUGACGUUGAAGAUGAAAACAUCAAACCAGAUGGAAUAACUUCGACGGGAAAUCUGGAGCCAUCUACAAUGGCAGUACCACUCCAUAUCCUAGCACUCAGAAGGAUUGCUAGCGAUAUUGGCAGCCGAGUCCACUCUCCAAAAUACAGCGAAGAGCAAAGCCCCGAAGCCCGGGAAAAAACUCUCCAACUCCUCCACAAGCGCUUACUUGACUGGCGGCGCAGCAUGCCAUUCCCCUUGCCAGACCUUCAAUCGAAAGUACCACAUCUAUGUACCAGUUGGUUUGACCUAAACUAUUAUACCCACGUGAUCAUGCUUUAUCGACCCUCGCCUUUGAGCCCUGUUUUGGACACAGCCAAAAUGAAGAUCUUGGCUGAAGCAUCGGGCAUGGCAAUACGACAAGCCAUCAACAUGCAUAGACAACGUCGUUUUGCAUACAAUUGGCUGAAUCUCGUGGCAAUAUUCAACUCGGCACUGUCUCUUAUGUAUACUUCUACUGCCCAAACCGAAAAUAUUUCUUUGGUAUUGGAUCAUGCAAGGGCUAUUAACGACCUAGAGUUAGCCGUCGAUCUAUUGGAAGCUUUCUCUACGAAGUUUCCUUCGGCAAAGAAGAUACAGGGGAUGAUUCGGACAGUCAUGUCGAAGCUGAAGGUUGGCUACAUGUUUACUAUGGAAAUUAAUGGCUCUCAAGUCAUCUAG